AUGGCGCAUCUUGAAGCAUCCAAUCUUUUCUCUGUAAAGGAGCGUGUGGUGGUCAUUACGGGCGGAGGUAGCGGUCUUGGCCGGAUCAUGGCUCGCGCUCUCGCAAUCAACGGCGCUUCCAAAGUAUUCGUCCUGGGUCGUCGUGAAGAUGCGCUCCGCGAGACCGCUGCUCAAGCACCGGAAGGAAUCGUCAUCCCCGUCAAAUGCGACAUCACCUCGAAGGAAUCAUUAGAAUCCGCGUACCAGGCCGUCGCGGAACAAACCACUCACGUCGAUAUCCUGUUCGCCAACGGUGGGAUCUUAGGUCCCCUCAUGCGCUCGCCCGAGGCUCAUGCGGAUGGAACUCCACCCUCUCUGACAGAGCUUCGCGAUGCGCUUUUCAAUGUCCCCAUGGAGGAAUUUACAAAGGUCCUCAAUGUGAACGUCACGGGCACCUAUUACACGGUGCUGGCCUUCUUGCCCCUACUCGAGGCGGCCAACAAGAAGCGUCCAGCUCCUCAGGAGGGCGUUCUGACGCCUCCUUCGGCGCAGGUGGUCAUUACCAGCUCGAUUGCAGGAUUUGUGCGCAAAGUGCCCUUCAGCUAUGCCUACAAUGCGUCCAAGGCAAGCACGAACCAGCUGGUGAAGCUGCUGUCGACCAAUCUGGCCGACUACAAGAUUCGUGUCAACGGUCUGGUUCCGGGUCUCUAUGAUUCUGAGAUGGCGAACAAUAUCUUCGUCGCACACGGUCACACCACUGGCGGUGUCUCGGAGGGUUCAUUCCCCAAGGAGAUGAUCCCACUGACUCGCGGUGGCAGCGAGGAGGACUUUGCCGGGUUAAUCGUCUGGCUGGCAAGCAACUCUGCCGGCUAUGUGAAUGGCAACCUGCUCGUCACUGAUGGUGGACGCAUGAGCGUAGUGCCCAACUCGUACUAA